AUGUCGCGGACAGUACAACCACCACCGCUGCAAUCUCAUCCACUAAACUUGGGUAAUACUGUUCCUGAUACUAAUACCUCAAAAAGCACAAAAACAUCAACAAUGCCUGAGCAAACGGUCGUUAAUGUCAGAAAGCAAGAACCAGACCUGGGAGACUUUGGAAGUCCCAUCUGGCAAUAUCUCGAAAUACAGAAGGAAAAGUGGAAAAGUUCUUCUUUUAACUCAAAUUCCAAAACAGCAAGUAAAACAACCACAGCAACGACAAAUCUCGUUGAUUUCUCGGACGUAUUGAACUCCGGUUCCCCGAUUAUUAAUGGCAACAUCAGCAAUAAUAAAAGUAAUAAAAAUCUCAUUAAACAACCCCCUCUUUUACCUCAUUCUUCAUCCUCUGAAUAUUCGUCGGAGGAAGAAUUAUUACUCGCUGGUCACCAUCAUCUUCUUCACAACACGCCCAAAGUCGUUGUGCAACAGGCAAAGAAGAAGAAGGUAACAUUCUUGGUUCUCCAGCCUAAUAAUACUAAUAAAUCGAAUGAUAAAAAAACUUCGAAAAAGAAAUCCAAAUUAAUUGUGGCCAAGAAAGAAAUCAAGGUAAAGGUUUCUUCGAGCAUCAAUGAGAGAUCGAAUCAUGAUAGCAAAAAACCCCAUUUUGAAGAUCAACUGACCAAGGAAAUCAUACCGAAUAACAACCAAGUACUUGGACGAGAGAAACUGGCACCACCAAUAAAGCAGAGGAUACCAAUUCCAAUCUCGAUUUCGUCGGAUCCAAUUCACGUUUUUGUUGAUAAUUCCAACAUUUUGGUGGGAUUCCUCGCAUAUUGUCGUGAAAAGAAAAUCGCUCAAAUGAAUGCUCAUGGUGUGGAAUCAGUAUUACAUUCAAACCCUAGACCACAAAUAGAUUAUGAAGCUCUAUUCACAAUUCUUGAGCGAGGAAGAGAAACUGAGCGUAAAAUUUUAGUUGCCUCUUCCCCAUUAUAUCAAAAUCUUGAAAUAGCUGAAAAUGGGGGAUACGAGGUCUCGGUACUUCGUCGUGUUAAAAGGCCUAUCGAUAAGCUUAUCGAUACUACAAUCAAUGAAGAUCCGUUUUCAAAUGUUAUUAAUAAACAAGAGCUACAACAGCCACAAAAACCACCACGCAUGGCUGCCGCAAAACCAAACGGGAUGGAAAAAGAACAAUGUGUUGAUGAACUUCUCCAUCUUAAAAUCUUGGAGUCCUUACUCGACUACUCUGCACCCACCACUUUAGUCCUGGCCAGCGGUGAUGGUAAAGAUUCAGAGUAUUUUCAGGGAGGAUUCCACAAGUGUGUGGUGAGAGCCUUGGAGCGAGGAUGGAAGGUCGAGGUUAUCAGUUGGCAACGUCAAUUGAGCCAUAAUUUCUUGGACAAAAAGUUCUUGAAAAAAUGGGAUGGUCGUUAUUAUGUCAUCUUUUUGGAUUGGUUCGCAAAAGAACUUGGAAGCGAAUUCGAAUUCGAAUUCUAA